AACCACGGACACCACCGCCACCGUUGCAGCAGCAGAGAUCGGUUAUCUACUGCGUGCACGGAAAGUUGGCACAGUCAUGCUGCGAGCUGGAGGACGAUGUUAGCAUUAGGAGAAUUGAGUCACAUUGUCACCGGCCUCGGAUGGAUGGAGUUGAUAAAAUUGCCCGGAAGAAAUUAAUUUUAGCCAGCAUCCUGUGCGUUGUAUUCAUGAUAGCGGAGAUAGUAGGUGGUAUCUACUCCAACAGUCUGGCAGUAGCAACAGAUGCAGCACAUCUAUUAGCCGAUCUGGCCAGCUUUAUGAUAUCGCUGUUCGCACUCUGGAUCGCCGCGAGACCAUCUACGAAGAGGUUAUCGUUUGGAUGGCAUCGGGCUGAAGUGAUCGGUGCCCUGACGUCGGUUCUGAUGAUUUGGGUCGUGACGGCAAUUCUCUUCUACCUGGCCAUUCUGAGAACCAUCAAUCGGGACUUCGAGGUGGACGGCAAAGUUAUGCUGAUAACUUCCGGACUGGGCAUACUGGUGAAUGUCAUCAUGGGAGCCACAUUGCACGGUCAUGGGCACAGUCAUUCAUCAUCCUCAUCAUCAGCAUCGCAUGGCCAUGCUCACGAAGGGCCGUCGACGGCGGAAAACAUCAACGUGCGAGCUGCAUUCAUUCACGUGCUAAGUGACUUCGUUCAGAGCCUAGGCGUAUUCAUAGCGGCCCUCGUCAUCUACUUCAAACCGGAGUGGAACAUUGUCGAUCCGAUUUGUACGUUCCUGUUCUCGGUCCUGGUGCUGGUGACGACCAUCGCCAUAAUGAGGGAUGCACUGAUGGUCCUGAUGGAAGGUACACCCAAGUAUCUUGAUUACACCGACGUUAUGCAAACGUUCCUCCAGAUCGAAGGUGUCGUACGGGUACAUAAUUUAAGAAUAUGGGCACUCACCAUCAACAAGAUUGCGCUGUCGGCUCAUUUGGCUGUCGUGCCAAACACCAACACGGAAACAGUGCUCCAGCAGGCAACACGUACCGUUCAUGCAAAGUAUGAUUUCUUCGAAACCACACUGCAAAUCGAGGAGUUCCAGGCAGACAUGGAAGACUGCAAUCAAUGUUCGAAUCCAAUUUGAGGCGAUGGCACCCUCCCGGAGUGGGGAUUGGAGACGGAGAAGGAAAAAACAGUUUGAUUGUGCUUGCAUGUAUGUUUGUUUGACUAGGUGAAAGUGGCUACCGGGGCUCGGGUCUUGUCACCGCAUGCCCAAAGCUUAUGCGUGUGUUUUUUUUUUUGGGAAUCAGGAAUUGUGUGAAUGUGGCAAGGAUGAACUCACUCGGUAAAAGUGAACAAAUCGUUGAGUGUUCUAGUGCGAAGGACCAGCACACCCAGGAUGGUAUUAGAAUAGUAGCAUGUAUCUGUAGAAACAUACCGAACGAGCGGUAGAUAAAAAUUCAUCAUAGACUUAUUUGUAUUCAGACGAUGCAAGGACGGUAAUGAAAGAUGAAAAAUCCAAGCGGAUUUGGAAAAUAAAAGCCGAAACGCAAAAGCAGCGAUUCUCAAUCUCCUGGUCGCAACCCUCCGAGCCCAGGAAGGCUCAAACGUUUUUUGAGCUGUUUUAAUGAAUUUGCAAU